GCCGGCUCCCGCCGCUCCCGGCGCUCCGAGCGCGGGCCUGGGGACACGGGAUCCCGCCGCCGGGGCCGCAGCAUGGGGCGCUUCCGCGGGGGUCUGCGGUGCAUCAAGUACCUGCUGCUGGGCUUCAACCUGCUCUUCUGGCUGGCAGGGUCGGCUGUCAUUGGUUUCGGACUAUGGUUUCGGUUCGGAGGUACCAUGAAGGACUUCUCAUCGGAGGACAAAUCCCCAGAGUAUUUCUACAUGGGGCUGUACGUGCUGGUUGGAGCAGGGGCCCUGAUGAUGGCCGUGGGCUUCUUCGGGUGCUGCGGAGCCAUGCGGGAGUCGCAGUGUGUGCUUGGAUCUUUCUUCACCUGCCUCCUGGUGAUAUUUGCUGCUGAAGUAACCACUGGAGUAUUUGCUUUUAUAGGCAAGGGUGUAGCUAUACGACAUGUUCAGACCAUGUAUGAAGAGGCUUAUAAUGAUUACCUGAAAGACAGGGAAAGGGGAAAUGGGACUCUCGUUACCUUCCACUCAACAUUUCAGUGCUGUGGAAAGGAAAGCUCUGAACAGGUCCAACCCACAUGCCCAAAGGAGCUUCUAGGGCCCAAGAAUUGCAUUGAUGAAAUUGAGUCCAUAAUCAGUGUUAAGCUCCAGCUCAUCGGAAUUGUUGGUAUUGGGAUUGCAGGUCUCACGAUCUUUGGCAUGAUAUUCAGCAUGGUGCUUUGCUGUGCAAUACGAACCUCACGAGAUGUGAUAUGAAGCUACUUCUACAUGAAAAUUGCAAACUAGAGCUUCCAUACGCUGUCACCGGAAGUGUCUCCUGACUCAUUUUUAAUAUUCAAAGGACAUUAAGAUCUAAAAUAAUAUGCUGUUAAUUGUACAUUUGCACAUGUAUGUAUGUUUGGCUCAUUACUCAUUUACCCCUUGAGUGAAUGCUGUGUGUGUUGACUGAGAUUCAUGUGUGAUCUGUGAGCUUCUGGUGUAUGCAUUGUACAUAAUGAAAUCUGUUUUGCUGGAAAUUCCUGGUUCUUACUAUAUCAGAGGAAUGAUCUAUUUGACUCUCAGAAAAAGAUCAUCAAAUUUUGAUAAACUUUAAAAACUUGGCUAUUUAGAAGAAAUGAUCAUGGGUCAUUUUCCCAGAUUCUAGCCAGAGAAAGUUAGAUACAGAGAAUUCAGGAUUUCUGGUUAACGGAAGCAAUAAGCUACAGGACUUGAGAGAUCAUGGUGUAGGAUGCACUGACUGCAUCUGAGUUAGGUGUAAGGGUUUCCUGGGAUUUUUUUAUAUACAUACUCCCCAGAACACAGUAAACCACAGUUUUAGAACUAAACAUAUCUGUGAGACUAAAUAUAGCAUGGAAAAUCUAAUUUGAAUAAGUCAUACUUUCCUAGUAUUUAAAAACAAAAAACUCCCUCUGGAAAGAGUGGUCACACAGACAAUCAUGUGCCCUAUAAAAGUGAGUGUUUUUAGGACUUAAAAAGAAAAAAACCUUUUAGUAACUUUUUAAGGAUAUUUUUUGUUCUUAUAUAAAUACAUUUAAAUAUUACUUUAUAACUUUCUUUUUCUGACUCUGCUCUGAACUAUAGCAGCCCUCACAUGAGCAAAAGGGCUUUUAUCUCAAACUUUUCCACGUUUCUUCAAGUGUGCAGACAGAAAGACUAAAGCAAGAGCUCUGGCAGUUGCAAAUAGUGGGAAAGAGCAUUUUUACUGGCACUGUAUCUCUGAAAUACCUCAUAACUUGAGUUUACAUAUUUUCCUAAUUUUUUUGUAUUUUUCUUAUUCACCUAGAGAACUCUUCUUCAUGGAUUUUGAUCUAUAGUUUUUACCACUUAAGCUGAAACAAAAUCCUUCCUAAUUCAGAUAUUAUAUCAGAAGCAUCCCUGGCCAAAGAAAGAAAGAAAGAAAGGCAUCUACUAGUUGUGUGCACACAACAGGAACAAGCUAA